GGUGUGUGUGCUGCUGGCUUGUCUCCAUUCCUCCCUCCCCGUCCACCCGACCCUCCGAGAGGGGAGAGGAGAGCAGAGAGUGAUUCUCGGUGUCGUGGAAGUCGAUUCAUUUCACCCAGGGUCUGGAAUUCUCCGCCAGUCGAGUUCUGGGGAAAGCUUGCCACAGUGACUGCCUUGCGCUGUCUGGUACCAAGACACACCAGCAUGGUCACCAACUGCUUCCUGUACUGCCUGCUUGUGUUGUGGGCGCUGGCCAAUAUUCGCUGUACUGAUGCACGGGUUCUGAUACACCGAGCAGAUGCUGGAGCUAAAGUGUUCAUGGAUGAACGUGAAGCUGCCGUCUUCUUGAACCGGAAGCUGCUCUACAACAGCUGGGAUUUUGAACUCAUAACUCCAGGAGAUAUUGAGCGAGAAUGCUAUGAGGAAGUGUGCAAUUUUGAGGAGGCUCACGAAAUCUUCGAGGAUGAUAAGAAGACGCUUGAGUUCUGGGAAAGAUAUGAGCAGAACCAGAAACCAGGAGGCCCCACUGCCCACAAGUUUGACGUAGCCGGCCUGGUGGCAGGUCUCAUCGGUGCCUUCAUCCUCCUCAUCCUGAUGGGACUCCUUGUGGCCCACUUCUGCAAGCGGAGCGGGAAGCGAACAGAGAGACCUCCGGAGUACCGAGGGCAAGUCCCGAACGUGAGCAGCCAACCGGCCACGGGACCGGGUGAGGAGUGUGCCCCUGACCACCCUGGAGACCAAUGCCCCUGGACUUCCCUCCUACGAGGAAGCCCUGAGGAGAUCGGGCCAUUACGAUGCCCCGCCCCCUCCGUAUACUGGAGGAUCCACGCGGGAGCAACAGCCCAGCUGAAACUUGGAAUUCCAUCAGAACCUUCCCUGAUUUUUGCAGCCUGUGGGAAAAGUCCUGUAUUAUGGACAGAUAAAAGUGUUUGAAGAAUCACAAGACUAGAUUGGGGGGUGGGGAAGGGUUGGGAGUUCCCGGAAAAGUCUUUGGGAUUCCUGGGAUGUGUCCUUCCAAGAAUUUCUCUCGGAGAAGCAUCAGGAAUCAGCAAACCCUUGGAUUUUCUCCAGCACGAGUGCUUCUGUCCUUUGGCUUUGUGGAUAUUUAUCAUUUCAAGCUGAACACUGUUUUCCACUGAUUCAAUCAUCUGCUGAACGUUUUCCCCACAUUACCUGUUGCCAGGGCAACCACCUGCUGUGUUCUUGUACUGAAGAACAGUCGGAUCACGUUCGAGAGUGCUCUGCCUGAAUUAAGUCCUUUUGGGUCUUCUGGUGUUGUCCAGCACGCCAGAAGGGAAAUUGAUGGACCUUGUUGCCUGCCUCUUGUUCCGCCAUGACAUUUUGAAAGGGGUGAGGGUGGAGGAGGGUAGAAGGUGGCGGGAUGGGAGGAGAGGGGAAACCAGCAAGACUUCAUUUGCAGUGGCAACCCAACUUUGGUACCAGGCAAGUGAGGUGAAUGGGUCGGUUGCGAUGACCAUCGUGGAACUCCCAGUGAGCAAGCAGGCUAAUGAGGUGGGGGAGCUGAUGGGGGGGGGGGGGAGGGCUAUUUGCAUUUCACUCCUGUCCAGAUGAUUUCUCGCCAAUCCUCGGCCUUCUUUUCUCUUCCGACCACCCCCACCCCUUGUUGGAUGGACCCAAUGGCCCGUCUCGGAAAUACAGGCAGUUGCCAGGUUACGACGGGGUUCCCUCAGAACUGUUCGUAAGUCGGGAAUGAACAACAUUGUGUGGGAGAGGGUCACAGAAACGGCUGCGACGGCAGAGUGGCUGCCGGCCUCGCUGACUCUGAGUAAGAGGGGUCUGCUCAGUGCUCCCGGCUCUGCUCUGCUCGACCCAGUCCCUGGUUAUUGCAGCUCCUCCGUGUGUACAGGUCUCCAUAAGUCGGGUGUUCGUAACCCUGGGACGGCCUGUAAACUUAUUGCUCUUUUCACCUAUUUAAUGCGAUCGAGUAUCCAAGGAACUGAUCCUUGUGCCCGGUUUCUCUGCCUCUCCCGCUUACGGUCUCCUCCCUGGGCCUGAAGCAAUAGAUAGCACCAUUGGAGUGAGGGGAGCAUUGGCCGGCGUUUACCCUAAAACAGAGCCAGUUUGUGGGAACUUUCUGUGCAAAAGUUUGGCUACCACGUUGUGUACAGCAGUGAAUAUGAUUCACAAUGUCCUUCAUUGACUACAUUAGGAAAUCCCUGAAGUUAAGCCAGGUGCCAUAGCAAUGCACGCCUACCUUUUCUCUGAAUAUUCUUGGUGUGAUUGAAGAUUAAUUUUUCAGUGAAUGGGUGCCCUUGGACAAUUCUUUCAUCUUGCCCUAAGUGAUUUAGUAGAAUAGGAAAAUAGAACAAAAGAAUGAUGAUCCUUGGGUAAGGUGUUAAUUAGUACAUAGAAAACCUACAGCACUAUACAGGCCCUUCGGCCCACAAGGUUGUCCCUACCUUAGAAAUUACUAGGCUUACCCAUAACCCUCUAUUUUUCUAAGCUCCAUGUACCUAUCCAAAAGUCUCUUAAAGGAUCCUAUCGUAUCCACUUCCGCCACCGUUGCUGGCAGCCCAUUCCAGCACUCACCACUCUCUGAGUAAAAAAAAAACUUACCCCUGACAUCUCCUCUGUACCUACUCCCCAGCACCUUAAAUCUGUGUCCUCUUGUGGCCACCAUUUCAGCCCUGGUAAAAAGCCUCUUGACUAUCCACACUAUCAGUGCCUCUCACCAUCUUAUACACCUCUGCCAGGUCACCUCUCAUCCUCUGUCGCUCCAAGGAGAAAAGGCCGAGUUCACUCAACCUGUUUUCAUAAGGCAUGCUCCCCAAUCCAGGCAACAUCCUUGUAAAUCUCUUCUGCACCCUUUCUAUGGCUUCCACAUCCUUCCUGUAAUGAGGUGACCAGAACUGAGCACGGUACUCCAAGUGGGGUCUGACCAGGGUCCUAUAUAGCUGCAACAUUACCUCUUAGCUCCUAAAUUCAAUUCCACGAUUGAUGAAGGACAAUACACUGUAUGUCGCCUUGACCACAGAGUCAACCUGUGCAGCCGCUUUGAGCGUCCUAUGGACUCGGACCCCAAGAUCCCACUGAUCCUCCACACUGCCAAGAGUCUUACCAUUAAUACUAUAUUCUGCCAUCACAUUUGUCCUACCAAAAUGAACCACUUCACACAUCUGGGUUGAACUCCAUCUGCCACUUCUCAGCCCAGUUUUGCAUCCUAUCUAUGUCCCACUAUAACCUCUGACAGCCACAACACCUCCAACCUUUGUGUCAUCAGCAAUUAGGGGCUGGCAUCUCUUGUAGAUUUAUCCCUGUGUCAGUACUGUUUGAGGAAGGGUGUUGGGGUUGAAUAGGGUGUGAGUCCAACCCAGACUUGUGUCAUUCGCAGGGCUGGCUGUCAAGUCCACACUUUAAUGGAAUCAUUCCCUGCAAAUGGAAUGCAAACUGCCAAAACUUUAUUGAUUCAGGAUUUGUUCUCAACAGACAACCAGUGUUUAGUACAUGGCAUCAGGAAAUCUCUGCCUAUCCUGUGCUUUUCUAGACUGUCAGCGGAUGGAAGGAGGAAUCUUGUGUGCAAAUUGUACCACAAACCAUAGCAGCAUGUGACCUCCAUCUUCCUGGCGGGGUUUCCAUGGUAACCGGGCCUUGGCCUGUGGCAGCAUCCAUCCCUUCCCGACCUACGGUAGCUGAUCCCGGGUUCUGUGAAAUGACGUGCAAGUUGGCAUUUUUCUAAAAUAUAUGCUGUAGUUGGGGGUGGGAGGGGGGUUGAGUUGUCUAGAUAAUCGUUCAAAUUGAAAUAGUCCAUUGGGAUUGGGGGAAAUUUUGGUGUGGAAGGUCAGGAUUAAAUGUGACGGAAGGGGCUACAUUGUGGUUCAUUAGCAUUUGGUGAUCUCUUUAAGUAAUUAGUAAGAGGACAUUGAGUAUGGUUUGAUUUAACAGGGCAGGGUGUCUUGCAGUGUGGAUUCCUGUUAGACUGUGAUUCUGCAAGGAGAUGACUUCCUUAUUGGAGAGACUCAUACACUGGUUGACAUCAUAGUGUCACACAGACUGGAAACAGGCCCUUUGGCCCAACGUCUUUGCUAAUGAAGGUGUCCACCUAAACUAGUUUCAUUUGCCUAAACUUGAAAAACUUGAAACCCGACCCAACCGCAGCCAAUCAGGACCUGACCCAGCCGAGGACUUACAAGUUUUUCCCCAUGACUGACUCAACCCUGAAGCAGUAAAAUAAACUUGCUGUGCCCACCCAUGUUGCUACCGAUUCAGACCAGAACACAGCGGUGCAGGUAGUAAAGCUGCUGCCUCUCAAAUCCAUUGAUCCGGGUUCGAUCCUGACCUCUGGUGCUGUCUGUGUGGAGUUUGCACGUUCUCCCUGUGACUGUGUGGGUUUCCCCUGGGUGCUCCAGUUUCCUCCCACAUCCCAAAGGUAGAUUAAUUGGCCACAGUAAAUUGCCCUAGGGUGUAGGUGAGGGGUAGAAUCUUGGGGGGGAGAGUUGAUGGAAUGUGGGGAGAAUAAAAUAGGAUUAGUGUAAAUAGGUGGUUGAUGGUUGGCACUGACUUGCUGGGCCGAAGGGCCUGUUUCUGUGCUCUCUGACCCUUGCUGUCAUUGUUGCUGAGGACAUUGUUGCACCAGAGGCAGCAACUGACACAUUCAAUGAGGAUUCCGGCUCUUGGCUCCGUAGGAACAGAAGCAAUGUGAGGAGUUGUCUCUGCUCCUCAGACUUGCUUCGCCAUUCGAUAAGGCUGUGGAUGAUCCUGGGCCCACCUCACCUCCAUAUUCCCCAGUUCUUUUCAAAUCUAAACAUUGCAUGUAGGCUUUGAGCACCCUCCUCUGUUGUAAAGGCCGAGCCCUUAUCCUGAAACCAAAGGCCCAGAAAGGCAAACUCUGUUCCUGAGAGAACAGCCCCUUAGCACCAGGCCUUGCCAGCCCCUCUCUGAAUCUUGUGUGCGAUUCAGUCUUCUAAACUUCGGCGUCUCUCUCCCCUCUCUAUUCGUCGGACAACCACCUUAUCCCAGGAAUCAAUUGAGUCUUUCCCACAAUUCAGCAGCAAAGCCUUGACAAUCCAGGGAAAGAGAGGAUAAAGUAAACUGUGGCUCUAAAUUCUGAUCGUAUCCAGCAGCCUCCUGUGGGGUAAGUAAGAGCGUGCAACAGGCUGUGACCUCUACACCCACAGCCAUUGGUUCAGGCCUGUACCGGUUCCCCUGAGUGAUGGUUUCAUGAUCCCAGCUCUUGGCACAAUGUGCGUCGAUCGGAGCAAUGUUAACCAGCCUUCCAGCUGGCCGGUCUGAGCCCUGCCUGAUUGGUAUACUCCGCAGAUGAGUUUUCUUGCCUUUGAAGUUGAAAUACCCUGCCACUGUUCCUUGGAGAGAAGAGGAAGGGGAUUGCGAGGGUGGGGUGGGGUGGGGGGGGGAGGGAUGUGAUGGGUGUUGUGUAGGAUUGUAGAAAAAAAAUGCUGUGUAAAUCUUUCAGUCUCAGACAGGGAAAUACUGAAUUGCUGUGCUUUGCAUUGGAUGUUAAUAUUUUACAUAGAUUAACAUAAUUGUAUAAUAACUCCUUUGUAAUAAACUGGCUUGUAGCUAAAGUUCUUUUGUUUAAUAAACUCUUUAAUAAAUAU